AAAAACAGCGAAACAUCGUUCACAAGUGGCUUGCUUGGUCGGACUAGGAAAGUUUUCAAAGCCAAGCAAAUACGAGCUUUACCCAAUUUUCUUGCUGUUGAAUUUUCCACUGUUCAAUCUUCAAAAUCACAUUUUUCUCGAUCUUCACCUUCUGGGUUGCUUUUUUUUCUUCUUCUUCUUCUUCUUUUGUUUUCGCUAUGGAAUCGAAAAACCCUGCGAGGUUUACGCUGGGGAAGCAGUCGUCGCUUGCCCCAGAACGCCAUAACAAAGAAGCAGAGCUCCAAAAAGAUGGGGAAGCUGUUGAUCAGGGUGUGAGGUUGAUGUAUUCGGCAUUCGAAGGCGAUGUGGGUGGAAUUCGCGAGGCGUUGGAGUCUGGUGUGAGUGUGAAUUACAAGGAUAUUGAUAAUCGCACUGCUCUUCAUGUUGCGGCGUGUGAGGGCUUCACUGAUGUUGUUGAUUUAUUGCUCCAAAAAGGUGCUGAAGUUGACCCCAAAGAUCGAUGGGGGAGCACGCCACUUGCAGAUGCUAUUUUUUAUAAAAAGAAUGACGUGAUCAAACUAUUGGAGAAGCAUGGAGCAAAGCCUUUGAUGGCCCCUAUGCAUGUUAAUCAUGCGCGUGAAGUCCCAGAGUAUGAAAUCAAUCCUAAAGAGCUUGAUUUUACCAACAGUGUGGAGAUAACGAAGGGGACUUUCUGUAGUGCAUUGUGGCGUGGAACAAAGGUUGCAGUAAAAAAGCUUGGGGAGGAUGUAAUUAGUGAUGAGGAGAAAGUGAAGGCUUUCAGAGAUGAGCUUGCUCUGUUCCAGAAGAUCCGGCAUCCAAAUGUCGUCCAAUUUCUGGGUGCUGUGACCCAGAGUAGUCCAAUGAUGAUUGUGACAGAAUAUCUUCCCAAGGGAGAUCUUCGUGAUUUCAUGAAAAGAAAAGGAGCUUUGAAACCAUCAACAGCUGUGAGAUUUGCACUUGACAUUGCUAGGGGAGUGGGUUAUUUGCAUGAAAAUAAGCCAUCGCCCAUUAUUCACCGUGAUCUCGAGCCUUCUAAUAUAUUGCGGGAUGAUUCUGGGCACCUAAAAGUUGCAGACUUUGGGGUUAGCAAGUUGCUGGCAGUUAAAGAAGACAAGCCUCUAACUUGCCAAGAUACUUCCUGCCGCUAUGUGGCUCCUGAAGUUUUCAGACAAGAAGAAUAUGACACUAAAGUGGAUGUAUUUUCAUUUGCACUAAUUCUGCAAGAGAUGAUUGAAGGCUGCCCUCCUUUUUCUGCAAAGCAAGACGAUGAAGUUCCCAAGGUAUAUGCUGCAAAAGAGCGUCCACCUUUCCAAGCACCAGCCAAGCGUUACUCCCAUGGAAUUCGAGAAUUGAUUGAAGAGUGCUGGAAUGAGAAUCCAGCAAAGCGGCCAACAUUUAGGCAAAUAAUAACAAAGCUGGAGUCCAUCUACAACACAAUUGGUCACAAAAGACAUUGGAAGGUUAGGCCAUUGAAAUGCUUCCAAAAUCUGGAGGCCUUGUUGAAGAGAGAUCAUUCAAAUGGAAGUAGUCGUGGCGGUUCAUCUCGCUCCACAUCAAGCAGAAUAUGAAGGAGAACAUUGGUCUUAUCCUGUAACUAAAAUAUUGGUAUAAAGAUAAAAGAUAGCAACCAAAUUUGACUUCUUGAGUUGGAGCUUUGCAACGUUUUCUCGUGUGUAUUCAUUCACAGGUUCAUGGUUGUUUUCGUCUUUCAAGAUUCUUUAUACUCGAUGAUUUAUUUCCAAUUACAUUUAUGUCUGGUGACAGAAUUAGUAUUUGUAUGUAACAUAUACACGUAUUCUAAGGAAUUUGCUCCCUGUCAUGUACAUUAUUAUGUAACAAGACAUUUUUGUUGGGUAUAUAUCAUGCAAUAGAUUUUUAGCUGAA